ACUUCCGUUUCCAGCAAUUUCUGGUGUGUGCUAGUCAAAGCUCCCGGCCGCUACUGGGCCGGCAAAGAGACUUCUAGAAGCAAAGCGUGUGCUGCCUGUGUCCACACUGGUGGCGGCUGCGGCGGAAGAGCAGCUCUCUCUCCCUCUCUCUUGGCACACUAUAUUGACUGAAUUGACUUGAAAGAACACCCGACAUGGCCAAGUGGGGUGAAGGAGACCCUCGCUGGAUCGUCGAAGAGCGAGCGGACGCAACGAAUGUCAACAACUGGCACUGGACGGAACGAGACGCCACAAGCUGGUCCUCCGACAAGUUAAAAAGUCUCCUGAUGGGCGUGAGGGUGGAGAACAACGACGGAAGCUGCGAGGUCACCGAAGUCAGCAAGGUGGAGGGCGAGGCAUCCAUCAACAACCGCAAAGGGAAGCUCAUUUUCUUCUACGAGUGGAACCUGAAGGCAACUUGGACAGGCAUGUCCAAAUCAGGAAUCAAAUACCAGGGAUCUGUGGAGAUUCCCAAUUUGUCCGACGAGAACGAUAUGGACGAUCUGGAUAUUAGCAUCUCACUGAACAAAGACGAGCCGGAGACUCCGCUGGUCCACCUGAUGAAGUCCAAAGGAGCCGACAAGAUCCGCGAGGCCCUCGGAAGCUACGUGGGUUUAUUAAAAUCAGAGUUCACUCAGGGCAUGAUCCUGCCAACGGCUAACGGUGUGCUCCAGCUGCAGUCCUCCUCGCAGUCCAAAGCCAAGACGGACAAAACUCGGAUUUCGUCGUCCGGCGGGACUACGGCGGCACCGGUCAACACUGGCGUGAAGAUUCCCACGUGUAAGUUCAGCAUGACGGAAACGUUCCUCACCAGCCCGGCGGACCUCUACAGAGUUUUUGUAAAUCAGGAGAUGACUCAAGCGUUCACGCAUGCUCCGGCCGCAGUGGAUGGAGAGAAGGGAGGAAGGUUUCAGCUGCUAGGUGGAAAUGUUCUGGGGGAAUUCAUGGAGUUGGUGCGAGAUGAGAAAAUAGUGAUGAAGUGGAGGUACAACAACUGGCCAUGUGAGCACUACGCCACGGUGACGCUGACGUUCGCCGAUCGGCGCAACGAGACGGAACUGCGCAUGGACUGUCGCGGCGUCCCCAACGACGACGAGGAUCGGACCAGGGACGGCUGGCGCAGGUUCUAUUUCGAGGCCAUCAAACAGACUUUUGGCUUCGGAGCGCGACUCUUCUGAAAGUAUUUUUUUCUCUGCCGGUUUGCUUUUUGACUCAUCAUCAUCGAAGACGACGUGACGUCAGUGAGGACUGUUUUUGUUGUUUCUUUUCCUUUUUUUGGUCCCUCUUGUGUAUUUGUUUUCAGAGGAGCCUGACAGGAACCACUCGUGCAAAUUGGCCUCCACUCUGACAAGUCAAAUAUCAUCACGUUCCAUUUAUUUAAAGAAACCAGUUACCUCCGGAACAAUCCGUUGUGCAAGCGUAGCGCCGAUGCAUGUACAUCCGACCGCAGCCCCAUUCUUUAAGGUCCCAGCUUUCACUAAGUCGGCGCCAGGGGAGCCAGUGUAGCAAAGGAAAUGUCGCCGGCGUUGUGCCACGACCGCCUUUGCGGGGUUUAGCUAUUUAUACCUUUUCAUGCCGACGCCGUGAUGCCAGACUAGUGGAAUAAACUGCUCACUGCA